AUGCAAGGUAUUUUCGCGAUACAAAUUAUACCCAAGGUGGCGGAAAGCGAGGUCAAGGUCCUCCAUGUAUACGGCCGCAAUCCAGGAUAUGUCACCCACCAAUUCGACGACGCUUACUCCACCACUUGGAAGCUCCUCUUCCGCAAGAUUCCCCUAUUCUACUUCCUCUACGCCACCUUAUGGUACUACGCCCUAGUCAGCACAUUCCUAGUCUACUUCAGCCUCACCUGGUACUCUGCUCUCCACCGCGCCAUCUUCUCCCUCGCAGCAUGGUGGCACCGAUACCGCCAAAUCCCAGACCCCAUCUUGCGCGCAAAACUAACACCCACUCGCAUGCUCGGAUCCAGACGGACGGUGCUCUCCAACAACUAUUACCCGGCGCUGACACAGGGCCACGUGAAUUACCAUCUCCACCAGUCCGUGACAAGUGUGGUCGAAGCACAGGUCAUGUUCAUGAUCAAGUCCCUCUCGACCAUGAUGGGGAACGACUAUGCCUCCAUGGAGAUCACAGAAAAGGCGACCUACAAGUUUGCCAACCUAGCCCAGCGACGUAGUGCAUCUCGGCAGCCUCCUCUAGCGCCGGCCGCCGUGGACUUCCCUCAAAAGAAACGCCAGCCGCCCACCAAAGGAGGAGUGAGGAUCAGCUUCUGGUGUGGCACAUUGGCAGAGUUCCGCUACCGAUUGUCAAACUACAGCCCUCAAUUGUUUACAGCAACGCGACAUGAACAAUAG